AUGCUUCGACUAGAGCAUCUCCUGAAAUACCAAAUAUCCGUGACGGCACACUCUCUAAGUGAGAUAUGUCGUACGAGCACUAAUGCUGACUUUCGAAAUAGGGUCUCCGCCCUACUAAAGGUGCCCAUAAGGGAUGUUGAAAAUGAGAUUUCUAACAUCCUCUCCACUAUUUGGAUUCACCCCACGAGUGAUAUAAAGGCCCUACAAGCCAAACGCCGAAAGAUCGUGGCCAACUUUGGAGCGGCAGACUUCGACCGCCUCUUCGAAGACAUGGAGUAG